GUCGGUAUUGCGUGGCGCGGCUGUCUCUGUCCGUCCUGCCUGUGUAUGUGUUAGGUGAUGUUGGUCUUGAUGGCCUGCUUGAACUUCUGGAAAUCCCGCCCUGUCGGUGUGGGGUAUAGCGACGCACAUCAACGAUAAUGCCAUCCACCUUUUCUUUCUCAUCCAUGUCUGCUCACCGAGUACGUCGAGAAACUGGUUCAAGAUGUCGUCCACCAACUUAGCAUCGUCACGCGCCUCUCGCAACACCUACACACAGGGGUAAAGAAAUGCACACAGGCUCCCUGCCCCCACCCCUCCCGCAAUUGCACCAUGGAACUCACCGGCAGGCAGAAGCCCCUGUCGAUGAGCGUUUGUGCCGAGUACGCGCCCAGCCCGUUGGCCGUGAGGAUGUGCUGCAGCUCACCCACAGGGCCCCCGCGGCCGCCUUGCGAUGCACUCGAGGUGGCCCCGGACACACCCACACCGCCCCCACGGCCACCAGCCCCACCACCACCAGGGGCAGGUGCGGCGGGCUUGUCCUGGUAGUAGUUGAGACGCUUCUCACGAGCCUGCAGACGGAGAGACGGACUGACAGAUGAUGUCGAUUGGACAAGGGUGUAUGUGUUCAGGUAUUUUCCCACGUCCUGGUGGUCCUGCUUUGCCUUUGCCAGCCGUUUCUUCUUCAACUCAUCCCUGCCGUGUACACAGACACACACACAGACACACACACACACAUCCAUCCAUCCAGAGAGAAAGAUGACCACGGAAUGGCUGCGCGUGCUACUGCUGACCACUUCCUGUUGUCCUCAGCCCGUUUCUUCUUGAGUUCCGCCUUCUCCCUCUCGCGCUCGGCCUCCUCACGCUGGAGCCUCUCACGACAAGCGUCCUGCAUCGCUGCACCCAACAAGGCACACACGAGAGAAUGAAUCGUGUGUACGCCGGCAUCGCGUGUCACAGUGGCUGUCGUCUAACUGUAUUCGCGGCCCUUGGCCACCGAUGCCAGCAACGCUGCACAGAUCCAAACAGCCGUGGAUGAAUAAACAGAUGGGAGAGGCGGAGGGUGCGUGUGGGUGCACUACGUUGGUCCUGCUGCUUUGCCACAGCCGCAGCAGCGGCAGUGCCCGUCGCCUUUCCGCCACCCAACCUGACAACAAAACAAAAGGAGAAACGUCGGCCGCUCUCCAGGGGCUUCUUAUCCUCUGGUCUUUCCCUCCCCUUUGCCUACACCGGCCGUUUUGAGCUGUGGUAUUGGUUCUUGUUGGCCCGCUUCAAGCCAGCAUGCCUAUCCACAUCGGGUGCCUGCACACAGACGGAGAUCUCCCAUGGCUGCCGUCCUCUUCAGGCCCUUCAUGCCCACCUUCAUGUAGAAUCCUCCCUGGUUGACCAUCGGCCCGUUCGGCUCGGCCUCCAGGGGCGGCUCGUCAGGAAACUCCUCCCUGUCGUAAUCGUCACCCAUCGCUACCCACAAAAUGCC